UUUUGUACAUGAUCUGUAUUCAGGUUCUUAUGUUCACUCUGAAUGCUAUCUUUGUGAUGGCUUCUGUCCUAAGGGAAUGGAGUUGACUGUUUGUAAUUUUUGAGAAGUGUGAUGAAAAAUUCAGCUUUUUGUGUGAAAAAUUACGCUUGUAAUGUUCAAUAUGAAGCCUGAUGGGAACAGUUGUUCAUUUAAAAUUCCGAUUGUUUUAAUUUUCAUGUCUGCGAUACAAGCUCAAAUAUUAUCGAAAAGAUUGAUCUGGAGACGUAAACGUUAUCAGAUCCCAAAAAAUGGAGACAAAUUUCUGUUCAUAAAGAUUGACCUGGGAAAUGGCCGAAAAUUUUCAUGUCUGUUAAAAUUGUGUUGCAGUUAUCUGGAACUUAUUCUUUGAUAUGCGUUUCAGGAAGAGCAUUUGAAAGUUUGCAGAACUGUGAAGGAACUUCAAUCUAUAUAUUGACAAUGAGUCAACCUAAAAUCAAGCGUAGAGUGGGUAAAUAUGAGGUGGGAAGAACAAUUGGUGAGGGAACAUUUGCAAAAGUAAAGUUUGCCAGGAACUCCGAGACAGGGGAGCCUGUGGCUCUGAAGAUUCUUGACAAAGAGAAGGUUCUUAAACACAAGAUGGCUGAACAGAUCAAGCGAGAGAUAGCAACAAUGAAGCUUAUAAAGCAUCCAAAUGUUGUUUGUUUAUAUGAGGUGAUGGGAAGCAAGACAAAGAUAUUCAUUGUCUUGGAGUUUGUUACUGGGGGAGAGCUUUUUGACAAAAUUGUAAACCAUGGACGGAUGAGAGAAGAUGAAGCUCGGAGAUAUUUCCAGCAGCUUAUUAACGCAGUUGAUUACUGCCACAGUAGGGGUGUCUACCACAGAGACCUGAAGCCAGAAAAUCUGCUGUUGGAUGCUUAUGGGAACCUCAAAGUUUCUGAUUUUGGACUAAGUGCAUUGUCCCAACAAGUCAGGGAUGAUGGUCUACUUCAUACUACUUGUGGAACUCCAAAUUAUGUUGCUCCUGAGGUUCUUAAUGAUAGAGGUUAUGAUGGGGCAACUGCAGACAUGUGGUCUUGUGGAGUGAUACUUUUUGUACUGCUUGCAGGGUACUUGCCUUUUGAUGAUUCUAAUCUUAUGAACCUGUAUAAAAAAAUUUCUGCAGCUGAGUUCACUUGCCCCCCUUGGCUUUCUUUUGGUGCCAUGAAAUUAAUCACUAAAAUUUUGGAUCCUAAUCCUAUGACUCGCAUCACUAUACCUGAAAUCUUGGAAGAUGAAUGGUUUAAGAAAGAUUAUAAGGCCGCUGUAUUUGAGGAGAAAGAAGACACCAACUUGGAUGAUGUUGAAGCUGUUUUUAAGGACUCAGAAGAACAUCAUGUAAUGGAGAAGAAGGAAGAACAGCCAACAGCUAUGAAUGCAUUUGAGUUGAUUUCUAUGUCAAAAGGACUAAAUCUCGGGAAUUUGUUUGAUACAGAACAGGGAUUCAAGAGGGAAACAAGGUUCACAUCUAAAUGCCCUGCUAAUGAGAUAAUCCAUAAGAUUGAAGAAGCUGCAAAGCCUCUUGGUUUUGAUGUUCACAAGAAAAACUACAAGAUGAGGCUUGAAAAUAUGAAAGCUGGGAGAAAGGGAAACCUUAAUGUUGCCACUGAGAUUUUCCAAGUGGCGCCUUCUCUACAUAUGGUUGAAGUGCGGAAAGCAAAAGGAGACACUUUGGAAUUCCAUAAGUUCUAUAAAAAUCUUUCAACCUGCCUCGAUGAUGUUGUCUGGAAAACUGAGGAUGACAUGCAAGAAAUGAAGUAAAAAUAGGGCCCCUGUCUUGAAGAGAUCAGAUCACCAUCUUUUGUUUAUGUUGCCUUGCCAAUUGUGUCAUUCUUGUUCUAUAUAUAUCUUCAUUCUUUACCACCCUCGUUUCCUGGGACCAUUUUCUACUCUGUACAAUUUGAGAGACAUGUCUUCACCAAUUGUUUUCCUCGCUAUUAUUGUUGGAAAGCAUGGAAAAUUCUCCUUGUUUGGUUUUCUCAUUUACUGGAAGAUGUUAAAAACGAGAGAUUUGGCAAAUUAAAGUGUUUAUAUGUGUUUCCUUUUUGGUA